GCCUCGGCCUCGGCCGCUCGGCGGCCAGCCGGGCAGGCGGGCCGUGGGUGGCAGGCGCACUGCAGCAGCAGCACCGCACCGCAGCAGGCGCAACCGCGCAAGCAUUCAAGAAAGGGGCGAGCCGGCAAGGGCUACCGAGCCCUUAACAUCAAGGUUACCAUUACGGCAUACAACAUCGAAGACAACGAACUUUGGAAGCGGCACGUUUUGACUGCAAUAUCCCAGGUCACAGUGGCUAUCUAUGUGUUUUGUAAGUCAUGGUCUGCCUCGUCUGAUAAGAGGUUACUUGCUACAGCAAUCCUGGUUUUCAUUCCUGGGGUUUUCAAAUGUUUUGAGAAGCCCUUGGCUCUCAAAUGUGCAAGCUUUGAUGGCCUAGUUAGCUCUUGGUUUCCUGACAAUAGCAGGACCACAUCCGCAAACAGAGAACUCGAGCUUGAAGAAUAUGUACAGAAAGCCAGGGAUUCUGUUAAGCGCAACAAAAUUCCUGCGGAAUUAGAGUUUCACGUGAAACCUCUCCCAGGAUUCUUCAAAAAGAAACGUCUCCGUAUAGUGCCUGAUAAGCUUUUUACAGAUGUCAUGUAUCCCUAUUCGGACCGUUUCGCUAACUUGAACUCCUUCUGGUCGCUCUCUGAUGAACGAGCUUACAUGGCACUAAGGGAUGGGCUCUCGAUUCUCUUUGAUCUUGUUUACAUGAAGGAUUUGAGUACCAAAUCAGUUUACAAGUCUUAUUACUAUUGUGCUCAUUGCACACGGGUGUCGAGUAUCAUACUGCCAAUCGCAGCCAUUGGACUCUUUCACAGUAGCCAUAAAAAGGUUUAUAGAGGCAGCGAUGUUAUUGUCACAUAUGUACUAUUGUACAUCACAUUUUUCAUAGAGAUCUUCUCACUCAUCAGGCUUUCAUCAAAAUUUAGUUGGGGCUGGCCUGAAACGGUUCACCAGCAUAGUCUUGUCGGAUUCUUUGCCCGCAACAAGAGGCACACCUGGUUGAUGAGCAUCAUGGGAUGCUUACAGCUGAAGAACUUUCUUGACAAAUACUGGUGUACCUGCAGCUCAGCUAGAGCCAUAACAAACUUAGUUCGUGGUCAUGUCAAAGAUGGAUGGCUGGAUUACAUAUUGGAUGCUGAGAGUUACAGGGCAUUCAGCGACAGCAGGGGCCAUUGGACACUAAAGGGGAAGGGAUGUGUGCAACUCAUCAGUGAGAGCAUAGAGAAGCCAUUUGAUGAAAGCAUCCUUCUGUGGCACGUGGCAACCGAUUUUUGCUUUCAUAGUAAGGGUGUGUCUCCUGAUCAAGAAUGUGCUAGCCGGGGCAGAGAAAUCUCCAACUACAUGAUGCAUCUACUGUUUGCUAACCCAGAUAUGCUAAUGCCCGGCAGCAGAACGAACCUGUUCACGGCUGCCUACAAAGAAAUAGAGGACCUCCUGCAUGGUGAAGAUCUGCCUCUAGUGGACGAGAAGGAACUUGCACAGAAGAUAACUGAUAAGGUGGCUUCAAGUUCCAUUUCCAGAGAAGGCUUUAUUCAUGACGCCUGGGUUCUUUCUCAAGAGCUGAUGCGAUUAGGAGAUGAGCAGAGGAUUUGGGAGGUGAUCGAAGGUGUGUGGGUGGAGAUGAUAUGCUUUUCUGCUGGUAGAUGCAGGGGUUUCCUGCAUGCCAAAAGCCUUGGCUCAGGCGGGGAGUACCUCUCCUUCAUCUGGCUCCUGAUGUCGCACGCAGGAUUGGAGACAUUUGCAGAGAGGCAGCAGAGGGUGCAGCUUCGGCUUCCGAAAGAGGAGAGAGUGAAAAUUGCAAUGCAAAGAAUACAAGAAGCUGCAAGUAACCAAGCUACUGACCCAUCGACUGCACAAGGCAUGGUUCCUGUGAAGGAAGAAGAGAACGCUGCCACUCCAGCAGCAGCUUCUGAAGCCGAUGGGACACUAAAGCAAGAAGCGAACUCUGCUACUACAUCGGCUUCACAAGGUGAAUGCGCUGCCCCUACCUCUGCCCCUGCCGUCGAGAUUGUGGUCUCACCGUGAGAGCAAAGUCAGCACCCUUGUUUAUCUUCUCGGUAUGAUGGUUCCUUCCCUUGUUUAUCUUCUCGGCAUGAUGGUUCUCUAAUAGAAGUCUUGUAAUGUCUGUUCUGUACUGAAGUUCACCUGCAUCACGGUUCCCGCACGCCUGACAGCGGCGUGCAUAACAUUCCUUGUCUCGUCAUUUUGUUUCACUAAGUCCGUGCCCGUGCGUUGCUACGGGUGCUAAAAAAUAACUUUAUAAUAUAAAUAGAGCAUGUAUUGGUAUC